AGUCACUGUGGUAUCGAAGGAGCUCGAAUGGUGAGGUCUCUUUGGCAACAUGGCGGUCGGCAAGAAUAAGGGCUUGUCGAAAGGCGGCAAGAAAGGAGCCAAGAAAAAAGUGGUUGAUCCAUUUACGAGGAAAGAUUGGUAUGAUGUGAAGGCUCCAUCGAUUUUCAAGACUAGGCAGGUUGGGAAGACACUCGUCAACAGGACUCAGGGAACUAGAAUUGCAUCGGAGGGUCUUAAGGGGCGAGUUUUUGAAGUGUCAUUGGCUGACUUGCAAAGUGACCAAGAUGCAGAAAGGUCUUAUACCAAGUUCAAGUUGAUUGCUGAGGAUGUCCAAGGGAGACAUGUCCUUACCAACUUCCAUGGCAUGGACCUCACAACUGACAAGCUUCGCUCUAUGGUCAAGAAGUGGCAGACACUCAUUGAGGCAAAUGUGGAUGUGAAAACAUCUGAUGGAUAUCUCCUCCGCCUGUUCUGCAUUGCCUUCACAAAGAAACUUGGUUCAUCUCAUCGGAAGACUGCAUAUGCCCAACAUAAUCAGGUGAAAAUGAUUAGAAAGAAGAUGGUGGAGAUAAUGACGAAAGAAGUGCAGAGCAGUGACUUGAAGGAAGUGGUGAAUAAGCUCAUCCCUGACUCCAUCGCAGAGGACAUCAAGAAGGCAUGCCAAGGCAUCUAUCCCCUUCAUGAUGCCCACAUCCGCAAGGUGAAGGUGCUGCGAAAGCCCCGAUUUGAGCUAGGAAAGCUGCUGGAGAUGCAUGGUGAAGGGCCAGGUACAGGAACUGCAACAGCAGAACCUGGGGAAGCUGGGGCCAAAGUGGAUCGGCCUGACAACUAUGAGCCACCUGUCAAGGAUAGUUGUUACGGGCCAUCGAUGGAGCCGACGAUCCGAUCGCGCGACAUCGUCUUCACGGAGAAACUAACGACCCGAGCACAGAAGCUUCGAGUCGGGGACAUCGUCAUCGCGCGCUCCUCGUCCAAGCCACAGGAGUUCAUCUGCAAGAGGAUCGCCGGCCUCCCCGGCCAGCGCAUCCGACGUGGGCUCUGGAUGGAAACCGUCCCCCCAGGACACGUGUGGCUGUUGGGGGACAAUGCGGAGAACUCCACCGAUUCCCGGGCGUACGGGGCGGUGCCGUACGGCCUCAUUCGUAGCCGCGCAAUCCUCAGGGUCUGGCCGCUGGCCGACAUCCAGGUCCUCUCUCAGAGACACUCCUGUCCUCGGUUGACCGAGUAG